AUGUCGCAGCCGGCGGCGACGGUGGCCGCGGCGGCGCAGCCGCAGGGUCCUGGCCCCGCGGGGCGCCAGGGCGGCGGCGGCGGCCUGGGGCAGAGCAUCGCCGGCAUCGUGCGGAUGGCGGUGUUCUGGUACUUCGCGGCCAAGUUCUUCGGGCCCAAGCGCCCACCCGCGGACCCCGGGAUGCUCAUGUCCAACCUCUUCCAGAAGGGCGAGCCAAUGGAUAUGUGGAUGUAUUUGUCAGAGAACGAGAAGUUCAACGAUUUUGCUAAUGAGGAUGCACUUAUUUGGCAUGAGGCAAACAUACCAUAUGCAGUCUGGGGACCUACCAGUACUAGAACACGAUCAUUGACAUACUAUCCUUCAGAGGCUCUCAAGCAUAAUGGCUCUUUGUAUGCUCAUGUUUACUUUGCCCGCUCGGGUUACCCUGUGGACCCUACAGAUCCAGAAUAUGAGCAGAAAUCUGCAUUUGGGAGGACACAUCCUGUUGUGGCAUUUUUGCCAAAAUCAAAAGCUGGUAAAAAGAAGAGCUUGCUUGGAGAUUCAGAAGAGCCUGAAGAGCAAGCACCACCUAAGGAGAAUAAAGAAUUUGAGGAUAAAGAUGAGGGUCCGACUGAAUAUAUAUCUUAUUGGAAACCAAAUGUAACAAUAAAUCUUGUUGAAGACUUCACACGGUAUCCCAACAAUAAUGUACCUCCCAACGUCGCUCCAUAUCUGAAUGUGGAUCCAGCCACGGGCGAUUAUUAUCCUACAGUAUUCUUCAACGAGUUUUGGCUACUGAGGGAUAAAUUAAUAGCGCUUAAUGAGACUCUGGAGGAAUUGCCUUUAAACCUUGAAGUUGGUCCUAUUAGCAUGACCAAGUGGCAAUUGUUUUUACAGAUUGAGCAGUCCUUCCAGGUUCAUCGUAGUUAUGGAAGUAUGCUUGAAGGCGAGGCUGAUGAACUCAAGAGGGUUUUCCUUGAAGGAAAUCCUUAUCUUCUUGGAUUGACUAUGGUCGUUUCUCUAUUACACUCUCUGUUUGAUUUCCUGGCCUUCAAAAAUGAUAUCCAGUUCUGGAACAAGAACAAGUCCAUGGAAGGUCUAUCGGCAAAAUCUGUUGUUCUGAAUUUUGUGUGUCAACUAGUUGUUUUCCUGUACCUUCUUGACAAUGACACUUCAUGGAUGAUCCUUGCUAGCUCUGGAAUUGGUGUGUGCAUUGAAUUUUGGAAGAUCGGAAAGGCGAUGCAUAUUGAGGUCGAUAGAAGUGGAAAAAUUCCCAUGUUGAGGUUCCGAGACCGUGAAUCAUAUGCACAGAAUAAGACCAAAGAGUACGAUGCCAUUGCAAUGAAGUACCUUACCUAUGUCCUUUUCCUCCUUGUGAUCGGUUUCUCUAUCUAUUCACUUAAGUAUGAAAAGCACAAGAGCUGGUACUCAUGGAUACUUUCUUCCAUGACAAGUUGUGUGUACAUGUUUGGUUUCAUUAUGAUGUGCCCCCAAUUAUUUAUCAACUACAAGCUGCAGUCCGUUGCUCAUAUGCCAUGGAGACAAAUGACCUACAAGUUCCUCAACACUAUAAUUGAUGACCUUUUUGCAUUUGUCAUUAAAAUGCCAAUGCUUCAUCGUCUCUCAGUUUUCAGAGAUGAUGUUAUCUUCUUGAUAUACCUCUAUCAGAGGUGGAAAUAUCCGGUUGACAAGAAGCGUGUCAAUGAGUUUGGCUUCGGAGGCGUGGAUGAACCCGCAGCCCAGGAGACUUUGGAAGGAAGUGAUUCAGCAGCAGCAGCAGCAGCAGCCCAGCCAACGGAGGCUGAGGUCGAGACGAGUAGGGAGGACAAGAAAACCAAGUGA